AUGAGAAGCAACAUGGUGUCUCCCGCCGGAAUGCCUCAAAUCUCAGGUUACGUUUCUACCGAUAAUAUGGUCACGGUCCAACAUGAUCAUGAACGUUUCAUGACUUCUGAUACAACCAUUUGGGAAUCUACAUUUCCCCCACCAAGUUUUACUGAUAUGGAGAACGAGUUCAUGUACACUUCUGUACAACUACAAAUGCAACAACAAGACUAUGCAUCUCGUCAGAAUUUGGACCCGGCAAAAAACCCUCAUGAGCAAUAUGUUCCCUAA